UCCGUGUUUUUUCGGGCUCUGCUGCCUCGCCUGAAGCUCAGCCAUGCAGGUGUCCAUCGCCUGCACGGACCACAACCUGAAGAGGGGUAAUGGGGACCACAGCAAGCAGAGCGCCACCAGCCCCAACGUGGUGAACCAAGCCAGGGCCAAGUUCCGCACCGUGGCCAUCAUUGCUCGCAGCUUCGGCUCCUUCACCCCACGGCACAUCUCACUCAAGGAGUCAACGGGGAAACACACGGGCAUGAAGUACAGGAAUCUGGGAAAGUCAGGACUCAGAGUAUCUUGCUUAGGACUGGGUACAUGGGUGACAUUUGGAGGACAGAUAACAGAUGAGGUUGCAGAGCAGCUAAUGACCAUUGCAUAUGAGAGCGGAGUCAACCUGUUCGACACAGCUGAGGUCUACGCGGGCGGCAGGGCCGAAAUCAUUCUAGGAAACAUUAUCAAGAAGAAGUGCUGGAGGCGAUCCAGCUUGGUCAUUACAACCAAACUCUACUGGGGAGGAAAAGCAGAGACAGAAAGAGGACUGUCAAGGAAACACAUUAUUGAAGGUCUGAAAGGCUCUUUACAAAGGAUGCAGUUGGAGUAUGUGGAUGUAGUUUUUGCUAACCGCCCAGACAGCAAUACUCCCAUGGAGGGUGAUUCAGUCUUGAUCCAGCUGAUUGAUAUGAUGCGGUCAUGUGCUUAUGUGUCUCCAGAGAUCGUUCGGGCCAUGACCUAUGUGAUCAACCAAGGCAUGGCAAUGUACUGGGGGACGUCUCGGUGGACGGCCAUGGAGAUCAUGGAGGCGUAUUCGGUGGCAAGACAGUUUAAUUUGAUCCCUCCAGUCUGUGAGCAGGCAGAGUAUCAUCUCUUCCAGAGGGAGAAAGUAGAAGUGCAGCUGCCUGAACUGUACCACAAGAUAGGAGUUGGGGCGAUGACGUGGUCACCGCUUGCGUGUGGCAUCAUCACAGGAAAAUAUGAAAAUGGCAUUCCUGAGUCCUCCAGGGCCUCCAUGAAGUCGUAUCAGUGGCUAAAGGAGAAAAUAGUAAGUGAGGAUGGAAGGAAGCAGCAGGCCAAGCUGAAAGAGCUGAACCACAUCGCAGAAAAGCUGGGCUGCACUCUGCCUCAACUGGCUGUGGCCUGGUGUCUAAGAAAUGAAGGAGUGAGCUCAGUCCUUCUGGGAACAUCCAACCCUGAACAGCUCACAGAGAACCUCGGGGCCAUACAGGUCCUUCCUAAGAUGACCUCCCAUGUGGUUUCUGAAAUAGAUCACAUCCUGGGCAACAGGCCGUACAGUAAGAAGGACUACCGAUCCUAG